GGCCAGGCUCCCGCUGGCCAGCGCAACGCACUGGCUGGCCCGGCCGGGGACAGUCGGGAAGGCGGCGCCAGCCGGUGGGGCGGGGGCCCCGAAGUAGGUUUUGGGCCGCCACCCGCUCUGGCACUGGGCAGAGAGGGCGGCACGCAGUGCGCUCCGUGCCCGGGCACCGCACCGGGCUUGUCUCGGUAUCUGCCAUUCUGCCCCAGCCAGGAAAACCAGGCGCCUUCCAGGCCCUCCGAAAGAUGGAUUCUGUUGACGUAUCUGGCGUCCCUGGCGAGAAGGGUGGAAAGUUGGGUUUUGCCAGAUCGUGCUGGGAUCUUCUUUGUGCCGCUGAGCAAGUCCCGCAUCCCGUUGGAGCAGGGCCACGUGGCACCGGAGCCAAGUGAUGGAUGACCUGCAGUCCCAGAACCUUUCCAUGGACAUGACUGACUCCCCUCCCACUUUGGCUAAUAACAGACUGGAGAACGGCAUGGCCCAGCUGAUAACUACAGAGGCUUGGAACAUCAACUCCACUGACCUGGUAAAGAAGGCCCUGGUGACCGUGCCAGCCCCAUCAAUUCUGAACCCCCCAGCUGAGUCCCAGAGUGGCAUGGCUCUGAAGGUAGCAGCCACCGUGCUGCAGCCCCUGUGCCUUGGGGAAAGUCCGGUGGUGAUGCCCAUUCACAUGCAGGUGGAGGGAAGCUCUGCGCCUGAGCUCAACCCCAACGGCAAUGCUACCUACGUUAUGACAACACAAGGCCCCGUGCAGCUACCCGUGGUGUUGGAACAGCAUGUUUUCCAGCACCUCAACUCCCCUCUAGUCCUGCCACAGGAAGCCCCGUGCUCCUCCAACGCUAUCCACAACAACCUCUUCCAGGGGGCUGAGGACUCUGAGGCCCAGCCUCAGCUCCUGGACCUGAGGAUCCCAAGUCAACCACAGGAGCCGACACUGCCUUUUGAAGCUGUGCUCCAGAAUUUAUUCCCCACCCAAGGCUCUCUGGGCCCUCCACCCUGCCAGCCUCCUCCUGGCUAUGCUCCAGUGCCUCCCCAGCCCUUUAACUCGUCCUUGUCCCCCCUAGUCCCACCAGCUACCCUCUUGGUGCCCUAUCCUGUGAUUGUCCCCUUGCCAGUUCCAGUGCCCAUCCCCAUCCCUGUCCCAGUGCCUCAGAGUUCUGAAUCCAAGUUCAGUCCCAGUUUUCCCAAGCCGCCAUCUUCCUUUGGCCUGCACUCCUUUAAAGGUACCCAGACCACUCUGGAAAAGGAUGAACUGAAGCCCUUAGACAUCCUCCAGCCAAAGGAGUAUUUCCAGCUCAGCCGUCACACAGUCAUCAAGAUGGGGAGUGAGAAUGAGGCUCUGGAUCUGUCCAUGAAGUCAGUGCCCUGGCUCAAGGCUGGGGAAGCUAGCCCCCCAGUCUUUCAAGAGGAUGCAGCCCUAGAUCUGUCUUUGGCAGCCCACCGAAAAGCUGAGGCUCCUCCAGAGACAUUGUAUAAAAGCAGUGGGUCAGCAGACACCCAGGGUCUCGCCAUGCUGGAGAAACUUCCCAGUGGUAUGGAAAUGCCCUUUGCCCAUGCCAAGUCUCGUGAGGCCUCAGCCAUGAUGGAUAGCCACAGCAGCAGCAGCAAUGGCACUGAGAUGGUCAGUCAGCCCAGCCAUCCUGGCAGUGAAUUGAAGGCUGAAAAUAACAUUGAGAUCGUAGGUGAGUCUCAGGCAGCCAAGGUCAUUGUAUCAGUUGAAGAUGCCGUGCCUGCCAUCUUCUGUGGCAAGAUUAAAGGCCUCUCAGGUGUAUCCACCAAAAACUUCUCCUUCAAAAGAGAAGACUCUGUGCUUCAGGGUUAUGAUAUCAACAGCCAAGGAGAAGAGUCCCUGGGAAACGCUGAGCCCCUUAGGAAAUCCAUCAAAAAUCGGAGCAUAAAGUUAAAGAAAGUGAACUCCCAGGAAAUACACAUGCUCCCAAUUAAAAAACAACGGCUGGCCACCUUUUUCCCAAGAAAGUAAAUAAGGGCUUUAAAACAUUUUUAUGAUUACUACGUGGGGAAAGGUGCAUUGUUUUUUUUUAAAGGCAUCUUAAACAAACUAUCUUUGUUAAUUAUUUUGGGGCAUAGGUGGGAGCAGAAAGGCAAAUUAGCUAGUAUCAUUUUCUUUUUUAAUUUUUGACUUUUCACAAAUGAGUAAAUAAGAGCAACCUAUUUUUCAAGCAGAUUGCACAUUUUUUUGCAGCUUUAAUGGAAUAUUGGGUGAAUCAGAGGGGUGAGAGCUAUUUUCAUUGCCACAAAGUGCUUUGAUGAUGUAAUACCUAAUAAAGGGUAGGAUGAAUAUUUCACAAUAAAUGUUUGUUUGCACUAA